GCCAACCUGAUUUCUCGAUUAGUUAGGCUUGUAGUGAUUUGCCAGGCUUUUUCUUGUUGUACGCCAUUACGAUGGCGGCCCUCCGAGCUUCCCUCAGCCACGAGCUGCUCCGGCCAGUGGCCGGCCCAGCCCGCACCGUGGCCGCUUUCCGCCCAGCUGUCCGCCCCGUCCGCAUUGCCCAACCUGUCUCACGCAAGGCGACCACCGUCGUAUGCAGCGCUGUCGCAGACGCCCCGGCUGCAGUGGCCGAGCCUGUUCUUGGCGAGGCUAAGUCCGGUGUGGCUCACCUGCGGUUCCAGCGCGGUUCUGCCGAUAAGAUCCGUCGUGUGCUGGACGUCAUUCGUGGCCGGUCAUAUGAAGAGGCUUUGGUGCUCUGCGAGUACAUGCCCUACCGUGCUUGCGAGAAGAUCAUCAAGUGCCUGAUGUCGGCAGCAGCUAACGCCAAGCACAACAAGGGGGCAUUGAAGACGAAGCUUUACGUCAGUGAAUGCUUUGCGGAUGAGGGUCCUCGCCUGAAGCGCGCUCGCCCGCGGGCUCAGGGCCGUGCCAACCUCAUCCUCAAGCCGACCUUCCACAUGACGAUCAAGGUUGAGGAGCGGCAGUGAGCGCUCUGAAGCAGUUGUCUCACGUAUCUCACGAUGCCAAGCUGGUAGCUGAGCUGGAAAGUAACUGUCGAGGAGAAAGGCAAACGGAAGCUCUGGCGGCAAUCGGGGCACUCUGUGACGAAGAGCAUGGGACAGAGGGGGCUCAGCUCAGGCCAAGGCAUGAUGAAUCGCAGCGGCGCGAAAGUGCUGAAGCCGCUUUGAAGUCCCCGUUGUCAACCAAAGUCAGUGCACCUUUUAGUUAACUUGGAUGCGAGGUAGUGCAUCUGGGUUCGGAGUGGAGUAUCCGAGGAGCGGAUGUGUCUUGUCCGUAAUGUGAUAACGACCGCCUUUGUGGAGGGGCCUCGGUCGUGAUGUGGGGCAUACCUGGGUUUUCCGUUGCAAAGACGCUCGGUGGGCUGUAUAACUUCAAAAGACGGCUCUCGCAUCUCUUUUCCGUUUUUGCUCCCCAGCAACGACGUGACGGCUGCACUUUCGGGGGAAUGGUGAUGGCUCUUUUUUGUUCGUCGGUCUCGGCCGAUGCUAGGGGCAUAUAUGCCUGUGACAGUCAGCGACCGGUUGGCCGGACCGCAUGGAAAACGCACUUCAGUCACGGGGCCGGUACGCCCAACCCCAGCAAAUUUUCGGGCGGGCGCGUGGUCCUAGAGGCGGCGAGGUGUCGGUGUGUCGUGCGCAAAUGCUGGAAUGUCCUGUCAGGGCACCUGCCAGCCGAUGCGUGAUUUGACUUGGUGGGUUGCGGAUGACCCGCAUGACAUAGUACCGCAACCGGGGGCUGAGGGACAGGUGUUGGUUUCCGGUUGGGUCUCCCUUGUGUGAGAAAGAGUUCCAUACCCGGAAAGCGGCGGCCUAGAGCUGCUGGUGUAGGCUGUAUUGGGCAUUGGAAAUGAGGAAACCCUUUCUGGUCGCGUCUGGGAAAUGUAGGGCUGGCUUGCUAAGGGAGAGAACAGACUUUGUAGUUUCAAGCUGUAAGAACAAUUGCAAGGUCC